CCCCCCCCCCCCCCCCAGAAACAGCGCACGCGCCGUGCCGCACUACCAAACAACAUGGCGCUGGCACCAAGCUCGCCGCGUCUGCCGAGCCCCCCGCCGCCGGCCGAGAUCCAAAUCGGCCCAAAGAGUCCCUCUGGCGGCGCGGCGGCCAGCCCAGAGCCAACGCAGAUGGAGCAGACGGUCCUCGAUGACCACUCGCGGCGGCGCAUACACCCGGGCACCAAGGCUGCCGACAUGGCGGCCGGGCCUCCCCUAGUUCCUCUGAAUGAAGUAUGCCGAUCUGCUCUUCUCCAUCAUGCGAGGUGGACGAGCGACCAAGAAGAGGAACAGUUGCUGACAGUUUACGCCCGGGGCAGCUCGACUCCGCCUUCCAGCUUCAGGAGCACCUCGCCGCACUGCACUAUCACCACACGGCCUCCGGCACCCAGGCGUUGACCCGCGCCUCUGCCCUCCAGCUUGCGCAACCGCCGCCGGGUAUCGACCGAACACUAUGGCUCUACGAGCUCUGCCGCUUCCUCAUCUCGCAGUGCAACUCCCUCAUCGUCGGCUUCCUCUUCGACACGCCUCCCUGCAGCGCCAACACUUGCCCCGAGAUGCGUGCCUCCGAGUGGCAGUUCCUCUGCGCCGUACACGAGCAGCCCAAGAGCUGCUGCGCCAUCGACUAUUGCUGUCACACCCUCGACUGGGCGGCCAACGUCGUGUCAGACCAGAAAAUCUUCCCUAGCCGCUUUGUCGUCCUCAACGACCCCCAUAGCAAGAAUUUCGGUAUCAAAAGCCUGGUCAACGUCUUCCGGAGAUUGCACCGCAUCUUCGCACAUGCCUGGUUCCAGCACCGCAGCGUCUUUUGGACCGUCGAGGGGCAGACCGGGCUCUACGUCUUCUUCAAGACCGUCUGCGACUUGUACGACUUGUUGCCUGCCGAGAACUACAAACUCCCACCUGAAGCCGAAGGUCUGGACGGCCUCCAGCAGGAGCAAGAGGUCGAGAAUCCUCCUCCGUCCAUUUUAAAGCCAUCGCCUUCUCAGCAGCGGCAAGGCGGCCCUGAAGAUGACGGGCUGCACCCCAGCAGCCGCACCAACACUCGAAGGCAUAUUAGGAGCAGCCCUUCGACGGGGAGCGCGGUGACGACCGUAAUGGAAUCUGACGAAGAGGAAACAGACGCUGUGUCCAGUAAGAUGGAAGAUAUGCACAUCUCGGCGCCACAUGGCGAAGAUGAAGACUCCGAGGUGGCAGAGGUCCCAGUCAUUGUCGACCACUCCGCAAUGGAGUCAUCCACGCGACGAAACACGUCCAUACACGAGCCGACACAAGAGCACACAAAGUCGGAAUCCGUGUCAGGCCCCGAUGCGACAGUCGUAGAAGUCGAGCCUGAGCAUGACGAGCCGCAGAUCGAGCCCUUGCAGCCGGACAACACCGCUGACUCACCCGAGGACAUGACGCCUGUGGAGGCCCCCACGGCCAGUGAGGAUGCCAAGGCAGAUGACAAGGCAGAAGCGGCACCCGUCGAGGAAGGCGCCGAGCCGCCAACCGACGAGGCCGCCGAAUCACCAAAAGAGACAGCAGCAGAGACAAGCGAGGAUGCAAAGCUCACCGAAGAUAAGCCCGAGGCUGAGACACAGUAGCGGCGAGACAAGUUGGAGGAAACGUAGUAACGCAGGCACGGCAUUAUACCCCUCAAGGAGAACCACGUACGAGUGCCUCAUUGGAAGACGGCCUGGGACUGACGUAGGCUGGGCGGGUGAGCACUUCGGCCAAUAUCCAGUGAUGAUUGGGAAACGGCGGCGAGGAGUAUCCGUGUUUGUAUAUUAGCGCGGCGGGACGAAUCUGUCCCAUGUGUAUGACACUUGUAACGAAUGGCACAGUGCGUGCCGUACGGAUUGUAAA